AUGAGAUAAUAAUAAAUUUCUGCACCUACAACCUAAUUUGGAUUAAGACACUCUUUACAAAUCUAAUCGUCUCCCAAUAUAAAACUAUACCAAUAAUCACCUUAUCACUCACCAUACUAAUCACCCCUAUUAUAAUAGCAAUCUGUCUCUUAAUAAAGACAACCGAUAUAAUAAAAUAAUUUGGGAAAUGUGAAUAGAAAUCUGUUUAAUGAUGCUUCAAAUAAGAAAUGCAAAUUAGUGGAUUUGAAUCACAUAGAAGAACCAUGGAAAUAGAAAGUAUUUGAAUUAGAGAAGAAAAUUUAAUAAUUAAAAUAAUAAUAAAAAAAUUAGGAAAGUGAUUCUGAUGAGAGUGAAUUAUCUCAGGUUUAUAGUUAAGUUUAACAGUUUGUGAAUACUAUAAAAAUAUUGCAAGAAGAAAUUUAAAAUUUAUAAGAAAAAUUAAACAUAAAAUAAAAUAUAAUUGGCGGUUAUGACAAACAGUUAAUUGCUAAAGAUAAAGAGUUGGAAGAUCAAAACCAUUACAUUUAAGAGUUGCAUAGUUAAUUAGAAGAAUAAACCUUAAGGAUGGAUGAUAAGCAGAAACUCCUACUUGAGGAAAUCAACUCGUGGAAAAGGAAGUUUAUUGAACAAAAUAAAGGAUUACAUAAAAUUUAAGAUGAAUAAGUUGUGCUUUAAACAUAAAUUGAUAAUCUUAAAACCAUUAAAUUAAUGUUAAAUAAAUAGAGUGAAUAAACAUGA